CCUCUAUUUGCCUUAAUUUGUUGUAUCAGAUGAUAAACGUUCGUAAUACAUAAGAUCACUAUGUCUUGACAUCGUGUUUUAAACAUUUCCAAACAAAAACUUGUGUUAGUCAGAUAGCUUGUCUUUUUCUAUGUAUUUUUUUCGUAUAUCGAAUCGUCAUUUAUGUGUUAGUCUUGUACACCUAAUUUGCCACGAUCAGAUAAAAUGCAGUUUGUUUAUGUUUCAUUGUCCUCGGUCACUCAUUUAACUGUCGUGUCCUAUUUUUGCAGUACAAUUAACGUUACGCAACCAACACAAACACAAACGCGCUCCGCAAUGUCCGUAUGAUUAAAAUUACUUUAGCUGCUUAUUUUGUAAUGUUCACAACACAUUGCCAGUGGACCAACUGAUAAUUUGACUUCUGUUUGUCAUUUGCUUUGCUGCCAUCAUCCAAUAUUACGUAAUAUAGCUGGCACCAUAUGAUGACGUAACCGCUCUCCUUGAUGUUUGAUCCAUUGUCCUUGGCAUCUCUGCUGUUCUCAGCAUGAAUGUUGCUGAGCCGUAUCAACCCGUCCAGUACCACUGGUUCUUCAACCAGCAGGUGGACUCCAAGGACUCCUGGCAACCCUUCAGCAGAGAAGACUCACGGCAACUGGAGGAUGCUUACAGUCGAGUGGGGAAAAGUGAAAAAGAUGAAGUGGUAGUGGCUACAGAUGGAAGACGGUAUGACGUCAGGGUACGUGAAAGAAAGCGUUACUCUGUGUAUUGGGAACAGAAGCCCACCGAGGUCAGACGAUGCUCCUGGUUCCACAAAGGCAGCAAAGACGUGACCUACACUCCCUACAGUGAGGAACUUAGUGAAUUCCUAGAGGACGCCUAUAUGAUUGCAGUUACGCUGGACGAAUGGAAGACGAAUUUGGAGCUCCCAACAGGAGAAACUGUGAUCCUUCACAAUCCAAAGCUGAUGACACAGUAUUCCAUUAGCUGCAAGGACUUUCCCCCUUCCCCGUCUGAACGAACUCAACCCAAGACUCUAAAGAGAGGAACUGAGAAUAUUCCAGUAGAGAUACCAGAGGGAGAACCAGAGAUAGUAGACCACCUGGUGUUCAUGGUUCACGGUAUCGGUCCGGCCUGUGACAUACGUCUCCGUGGCAUUGUCCAGUGUGUUAAUGAAUUUCGAAACGCCUCCAACGGCCUCAUAAACAGCCACUUCAGGCAGAGUAAGGACUCAUGCAUCAUUGGAAGGGUUGAGUAUCUUCCAGUCAACUGGCACAAAGUCUUACAUGGAGAAACUACAGGAGUUGAUAAAGACAUUGAGAGGAUAACUCUGCCUAGCAUUAGCCGUCUGCGUCAGUUCAGCAACGACACCGUGCUGGACCUUUUCUUCUACAAUAGUGCCACAUACUGCCAGACUAUUGUGGAUACAGUGGCCUCUGAGAUCAACCGUCUCCACAGCCUCUUCCUUCAGAGGCAUCCACACUUCACAGGACACGUUUCCCUGGUUGGACACAGCCUCGGCUCAUUGAUCCUGUUUGAUCUCCUGACCAAUCAAGAGACAAGUGCAGAUGCCACAGCUCAUGAGCUCUAUGAGGACCAUCAUGUUGACACAGGCUGCGGUUCCUAUGAGAGUCUGGAGGAGGUGCUGAAGAGCCAUGGGUUGGAGGAGCAUCUCAAUGUACUCCAGAGAGAACAAAUGGAUAUGGAGUCUUUGAUGCUCUGCUCAGAGAAGGACCUAAAAGAUAUCGGAAUACCCCUUGGUCCUCGCAAGAAAUUGAUGAACUGUGUCAAGAAAUGGAAGCACUCCAGAAUCGGAAGUGGACAUGCAGCCCAAAAUGAGACGCACUCCUCAAGUCUAGGGAUAAGAAAUUCUCAUGAUCAUCAAACCCCCACCACUAGUGCCAUUGAUUAUCAGCAUUUUGAUGUUGGCAUUGGACAAGUAUCCAUUGACUAUCCUCAGUUAGCCUUUCAUCCUCAGGCUUUCUUUGCUGUUGGUUCACCCAUAGGAAUGUUUUUAACAGUCAGAGGUAUGAAGAGGAUUGAUCCUAAUUACAGCUUCCCGACCUGCAAGAGUUUCUACAACAUCUUCCAUCCAUUUGACCCUGUGGCAUAUCGGAUUGAGCCCAUGCUUGUGCCUCGAGACGUGGACUUGCCACCGAUGUUGAUACCCCAUCAUAAAGGCAGAAAGAGGAUGCACCUUGAACUCAAAGAAGGGUUGACUCGAGUCAGUUCUGAUUUACUGGGAUCCCUACGAAUGGUUUGGCAGAGCAUUUCUCAGGUCCCAUCACCAGCGCUCGCAGAGGGUGGACUCAGUUCCAUGACCCCUACUGAUGAAGCAGAAGUAUCACCAAUGGAGCAGGAGGAAGGAAACUUCACCAAUGUGGGAAUGUUGAAUCGUGGGCGACGCAUUGACUUCGUCCUUCAGGAGACACCGAUUGAAAGUUUCAAUGAGUACCUGUUUGCAAUACAGAGCCAUCUGUGCUACUGGGAGUCAGAAGAUACUGCUCUGUUGGUUCUCAGAGAGAUUUAUGGAAAUAUUCCAGUGAGAUGUGCUCAGUUAUAAAUGUUAUAUACCUUUUGUAUAGUACUGACAACCUUUAAUGCCAGUCCAGUCCAACGAAUCAAUUCUCUCCACAUAUAUUAACAAGCUGAUAAACUACCUAAAAAAAAAAUCAAGAAUUUGAAUUUGGAAUCCCAACUGAACUGUUGCCAGGUAUUAGGAUAUUGCUGCAGUAUUCUCAAGGCAGGCUUUGAGACAUUUGAUCCACACAAUACCCUUUUGUGCACUAAUGUGCAUUGUAAAAAAACUUUCAUCAAAUGUAUACGAAUAUAACUUUGGUCAGUUUUUUUUUUUCUUCUAAUUGUUUAUUUAAUUAAUAUUGUGUAUUCAUAAUGCCUGGAUAUUUGUGCUGUUUUUAUUAUUAUUAUCAUUAUUAUUAUUAAAUUCCUAACCCAAAAUAA